AUGUCCGCCAGUGAAGCCGUACCAGAGUCUGUGGCCAACAGGAUCCCAGACUUGAACUUGCAACUGCGAUCAAUCUCUUCGCUAGAGGUCAGUCAGAGGUCAAAGCCCAAGGCCAGCGCUCUCACGCCCGAGGCAAGCCAUGACUUCUCUCAAGACCCUGAGGUCCCUGCAGUCGAUCUCAGCAAACUACCAGCGAAAGGAUCGGAGUUUGAGGUGCUGCCGAUGCUUGUCGAGCACAAGGGAUGGCCCUGCCAGUUGCUCUUCGACGUUCACUCGUGGAUCCUUCACACCCCCAACCUGGAGAAUCACAAUAGAAAGCCUGGAAUCCGCGUCAUCCUAGCCAAAGCUGAGACGCACGGGCCCAAGACAACGCCAUACACCAUCUACGUGAUGCAUGUGAAGACAGCCUUCUCUGUGCGAGGAAUCAGCCGGAGAUUCUCAGACUUCAAGAAGCUCGACGAAGAGCUGCGACAGGUCAAGCGAUCUGCCCCGCCGCUGCCUCGCAAGAAAGUCUUCGGGAAGAUGGCGCCCAAGUUCAUCAACGAGCGAAUGAAGCAACUGCAGAGCUACGUCGACGCGAUCAUGCGUGACCCAGCCUGCGCCAGCAGCCCUCCCUUCCGAGCGUUCCUUGAGACCAGAGGACAUGCGAUAGAGGAAGACAUCCUCGACAAGGUGCAGCUGUCUCGUGACAACGUCGACGUCGGCAUCCUCUUUCCUCCCUGGCGACUUGCCACUGGCACGCGGGUGGAAGCCGUUCAAGGGCUGGUCGAGCGAUCCAAGGGGCUCAAGGACGUGCGGCAGCAAGCCCGGGCGCUGAACCAGCUGGCGAUGGUGCACAGGGAGGAGGGAGACAUCGGGCAGGGGCUGGAAGCGAUUCGACAAGCCGUUGGGUGCUGCCGUCAAGUGGACGAGGACGUCGGCGAACAUGCUUUGGCAGAGCUUCGCUUGCGAGAGGCACAAAAACUCGCAGCAGACUACGGUGAUGUCUCCGGACAAGCUCUCUGCCACUACUCGCUCGCCAUGGUGAAGUGCAGUCGAGGAGGCAUCGCAGAGGCAGGCAAGGACUUCACCUGCGCCGCUGAGCUCUUCGUCAACAUCAAGGAGUAUGGUCUCGCAGCCCUCAGCCUCUUCGUACUAGGUUGUAUCCUCUUGCAGAACGGCGAAGUGAGGCAGGCGGUAGAAGUGCUGGAGAGUAGCUUGCUGCUACGAAGAAGGGCCAAGGAGAAGAUCGGGCUCGCAGAGACUCUCUGUGCUCUCGGUCAAGCUUUCGCAGAGAUCGGAUAUCAGCUGCAUGCCAUGGACUACUUCAAUCAAGCUCUUGCUCUCUGCCAGGCCUGA